AGAAAGUAAUCACUCUGUCUGAGUAAAUUGAAAAAGGUAGAUGUCUUAAUAGUCAUUGUUCUUGACCCUCUAGAAUUAAUUUUUAAAUAAUGUACUCUUUUCGAGUUUCCUUUUGUCAAUAAAUCUGUCUCGCUGAAUAAAUAAACAAAUUUUUUGUAAAAUGCUAAAUAAAAAAAAUCAUUAAAAUACAAUUUAACUAAAGAUGGAUAAAGGAAAAACUCCAUGUAAAUGUCCUCCCAGGCUUCGAAAAAUGUGCAAACAUGUUAAGGCAACGGAUUGCAGAGACGUUUCGGAUAUUAUUGAAGCUCUCACUUAUGAGGCACAAAUGAGUAAAGAAACUAAAAAGUCGAAGCCUCCUAAGUUCAAAACUAAACCUUUCCAGCCACGUCAUUAUAAAGACACAUGUGUUCCUAUGGUACCUUCAAUGCAUACAAGGUUACGGUAUAUCGGGCAUUGUGCUGUAGAACCACCUAUUUCAUCCGACGAAAGAUCAAGAAAAGUUUACAACGAGUACGACUUUGAUUCUACGUCAGACGAAUCUACAAGUGGUAUCUUGAGAAGAAAGAAAAAGAAGAGGGAAAAAUUUAAAAAGAAAGUAACUUAUUUCGACAUGCUACCUGGUGAUAUUAUGUUACCAUCACCGGCUCCAGUUAUCAAACAUACACCGUCUGAUAAAUCAAUAUUAAACGUUCCAAGCCCGAAGAUAAGCGGUGAAAUCAUUCAAGCACAAAGAGCAAGCGUGAAGCCAGCGGAGUUGGUGCCACCGUUGCCACCCAAAGCAGCUGAUCAGCUUUACAAACCACAUAGUGGUAUAAUCAUCAACAGAGAUAAGGACUUUGUUCCUGAUGCCGUCCAUAUUACCGGACCAAAGAUACUGGGGAGAAAAGAAAAGAGGCGACGACCGUGCCACAAACGAGGUGUCUGCUGCAAAAAAACAUGUAAAAGGAAAAAAUGUAGACGUUACGCGGCUAUGACAAAACGUAAGAUGCAGCAUCGGAACAUAAGGUCUGCAUCAGAAGUUUCAUACACCACAUUGGGUGUUACUGACGGAAAACCAAGAGCUAAGAGCAGCCGUAAACAUGUGAAGGACGAUGAUUCUGUUUGUGGACUUGACGAAAUACCGAGACCAGAACAUGUUCAAAUACCAGCAAACCUAAAACGUGGGACACUUCAAACGCAUUCUCUUACUGUGUUACCUUGUACGAAAGAAAGAAAACCCGACGUUCACUAUGGCAUCCUCACCGGAUCAUUUAACAUGUAUGAUGCAAAAUUUGGCGGUAGAUCUAGAGGUAGGCAAGCGCUUACCAUGAGUGUAAUGGCUUACUGUUUGGCAUUUCAUUACCAUCCUAAACAGUGGACGAUGAAACUCGUUGACAAUUUGGUAGACGCUGGAGAUCAGUGGUACGUGCAAUGCUUAGAAAAAGUUCACGACCAUUCUGCCGUUCAAGGAAUUUGUGAAGUAUUGCCAUUUGGAAAAAAACAAACGCUGGUCUUAAAUGGAAAACGUAUGCAAGUUUUGCUUGGCGAGCCUGAUAUAGUCGGAUAUACUAUGUCUCUGGAUCCAACUGUGUACAACCUUUGUAGGGGACUAAAAGCUUUCUUCCGUGAUAACCGAGCUGGAGUUUUGAUGACAAGGGUGUUAAAGGUAGUAAUUUGGAAGGAUCGCAUUUGUUAUUAUAUAUUUGACCCAGCUGGAAGAGACUCUAAAGCCUAUUCAAAUUUUGCUAACGGUUGUGCUGCUCUUAUGAACGUUAGAGACGUGAAUUCCGUUUCUGACAUAUUAUUGGCACGCAGUGUUGUGGAGGAUCAAAAAUUUGUUCUGGCCCCUGUGAAAGUAUUGAAAAUGAUUGACGAGAAAUGUGACGAAGAUUUAGAAUCAGACAAAGAGUUAACUCAAGCUGAAAAGGCUAUGAUGGGUUACAGAAUUUUAAAUGAGAACUGUGCCAUAGUAAACGCAAACAUGCAUUUAGGUGACCGAUGCUUUGAAGAUACCAAAUAUCGUCAAGCCUUAACUAUUGCAGUAGCGGCUAUGACCUAUGCUAAAAUAUCACCUCCCAACACUUGGUUUACGAAAACCUUGGACAAAAUCUUGCGUUUGGGUAACAUACUCUAUGUUGACUGUAUCCAUCCAAAAGUUAUGGUAGACUUGACUAUUGACAAUAUACCUAAUGAAAUCAUUAUCGGGCCGUAUGCUUGCGAAAUUAUCAUAUAUAGAGAAAGGGUCAAAGGACAGCUCUUUACAACAAAAGAAUGUUUAUUCAAUAUAAGAACUGGCUUAGAAGAGUUUUUCAGUCAUGAGUAUAAUAGUGGUAUAUUAGAAUUCAAUAAUUAUGCACUGGCAAUGUGGAGGCAAAAGGAUAUGUUCUAUAUGUUUGAUCCUUAUCCACGCACGAAUGACGGUCGACGGUCUGUUAAAGUAGGAAGAGCUUGUUGUUUGAUGCUACUUAAUUCAGACGCCAUUGUUGAAGUUUUCACUAAGAAUUGGGAUUAUUUGCCAGCCACAACUCAAUUUUACAUACAUGCAUUCAAAGUACUAAAAUUAAAAAAAAGAGAACCAAAGACACAAAUAGUGUGCACUCUGAGUGAUGAACAACUUUUCGGAUCUAAAAAGGUGAAAAAGAAAGUCCUUCCGGCAAGCCAAGCACAUGGGGACGGCAAAGAAAUAUUUCACGAUGUUUUACCGAUGGAUAACCUGAAAGAAAAAACUGUUGGACCACAAGUAGACGAAGAGCGAAUGGGGGACAUUAUAUCGUUGGUGGAUAGUAUACAAGAGGAUUACUUUCCACCGAUUCCUCUGAGAUACAAAAAUAUGGCACCGGAACCGCUGGAACCAAAAAUUGUAAACUUGGAUUCACCGACGGUGUCAGUAACACAAGUUGUGCCGCCAUGGCCAAAGCCGCGCGACAAAACCAACGAACCCAUUGAGCCCGACCCAGAUCCCGAACCAACUCCUCCUCCUACUCCUCCGCCAAUGCCGCCUCCGGAAGGUGGAGAGGAAGAGGAGGAAGAGGUCGAAGAAGAAGAGGAUGAAGAAACGAUGAAAAGAAAGAAGGAAGAGGAAGAAAGACGUAAAGCCGAAGAGGAAGAGGCACGAAGAAAAGCCGAGGAGCUCCCACCGCCACUACCGCCCCCACCGCCUUCACCACAAGGAGAACCUGAAGUUCCGCUUGCACUUCCCGCAAUACCGAUGGAAGAUGAAGUUGAGACCAUGGAGCCUGUCAAUGUAGAUAGACGUAUAUUGCUCGCAGAAGAUGCAAAAUUUAGAUUCAAACUUAGGCAGUUACGGAAGAAGUUCACCACGCCACUUAUGGAAGCCCGAGCAGAAUUAACUCCGUCGCAGGAACGCCUGCACCCUAGUAAUUUCAAGAACUUACCAGACAAUACUGAAAUUAUAAGAGGAACAACUCAGGGCAUAUCUGAUGAGAAAGGAUUGGAAGUCCUUCCAUUUGCCGCCAUUAUGGCAAUAGUAACAUCAUACAAAUAUACCUUAAACACUUGGACUCCAGGCAUCGUUAAUUUUGUAGUGGACACAGCGAAAAAAUUACAUAGUAAAAAGAAAGAAAAGUUUCAACUUGCACCUGUUCAUAUUCUACCGAAAAUUGCUAUUGGACAUCAGGCUUAUCACGCUAACAUUGAUGUAGUGGGUGAAGGUGCCACUUGGCAAUUGGAAAACGUGUUGACAAAUAAGUUUUUCUUGAGAUACGAUCGAGGAAUGAUCACAACAUCCAACUACAGCUGUGCAUUUUUUAAGAGAAAUGGAUUAUACUACUUAUUUGAUGGAAGCACAUGUAAUCCUAUGGGUUUAAGAGACGGAAAAGGCAAAGGGAAUGCAUGUUUAUUGAGAUUCACCUACUUACAUGAUCUCGUGAUUAGGGUCUUGUUCAACAAAGACGGGAAAAAAGAAGACCAGCAAUUUAUUUUGAGCAGAAUAUUAGUGAGAAGACUUCUGACAGAACCUCGUUUGAAGUUACCUGAAGAUUAUGACUAUGAAAUAGGAAGACCUAAAUCCACGAAAUCAAAACCAUCAAUUAUAUCUCCAACAAAAUCCGAUAAAAAAAGCAGUAUUGAUGAAUCUUCAAAGAAAAGCCAAACCGUGGUUGGCUAUCAACAAAUGGAUGGUGGGUAUAGACUUGAAGGUACAACUUCAGUCAAAGAUUCGAAAACCCCAAGUUCAGAUGUCAAAACUUGUCAUUUUGUUUGUUUGAUAGCAAUGUUAAUGGCUACAAUGCAUCCUAUCAGAACGUGGGAUCAUGUCAUGGUAGAUACCUGCAUAGAGAAAGGUCUUGAAAUUCACGAAAAAGCCACAAAUCUCAACGUUUGCGAAAAGAGAGUAAUAAAAAAUAUUAUUUUGGACGGCAAAUUUAUAAAUAUUAACAUAAAAAAAAUUAUUGUCGUUAAUGAAAAUCCUGAAAAAAAGCUUGAACAAUACUUGAAUGCCGUCCUAAGAAGACUUAGAUACGUUUUAGUCAGAUUUCCAACUUGUAGUAUAGUUAUAUGUCAAACUGAAGGAUAUUAUCAUCUUUUUGAUCCUUAUGCAUCAGCGGUAUCUGAAGAACCUGCAAGAAAAGACAGUGAUAUUACGUCUAAGGAUUCCGUACCUAAACAAAAAGCCAAUAAAGUAGCAUCGUGGACGCUUUAUAGAUCCAUGGACGGGUUGAUUCAUAGAGUUAAGAAAUUAAUUCCGUCGGCUUCAGUAAAUCACCCAGAAUUCUAUACUUUCGAAUUGACUUCGGUAAAAACUGCACCACGACAUUCUGCAAUGAACUAUAGAGUAAGUCCAUUGUUUAAGCCAGAUGAAAAUCCUAAUAUGCCUUAUUUAAAACGCAGAAAAAUUCGGCCAACUGUCGAUGAAAAAAUGUACUGGCUAAAUAUUGAAUCGAUACCAUGGUCACGAAUGAAUCCUGUCAAUGAUUUAGGAUUUGAAAGAAAAACUCCACGCACACUGUGGAAGGAGUGGGAUAUCGAAUUUCCUGGAGACCUUUUCUCUCUGUGGGGAACUUUACAUCCAAUGGAUUCUAAAUUUGAUCCAAAUCAUCGUGGAAAACAAUAUCUGGCUACAAAUGUUGUAGCGAUAGUAAUGGUUGAGGCUUGUGAUCUCAGUGCGUGGACAAGUAGUUUCCUUGAUGGAAUAGUAGAAUGCGGUGAUAAAUAUCAUCAAACUUGUCAGGAUAAAUUAGCAUCUAAACCAAAUCACGAAGUAACGCUCGAAGACUUAGAUUCUAAAUUUGAUGACAUGUUCCCUUAUUCGUUUUCUGUUAAGUUCGAAAAAGUUAUAUUUGGAUUCGUCUAUAACAUAUUUCCUGAUCGUUUUAACAUGAGCAAAGCUUUAGUUUAUUUCUUUGAAAAAAAUAGGUAUGGAAUUUUGACAAGUCCAACAAAAAAUUUAGCAUUUGGAAGAUAUAAUUCCUCAUUCUUUAUGUUCGAUUGUCAGAGUCAUGGAGCACCAAUAUUUUGUCCAGGACAAGGGGCAUCUUAUAUAUUGAGAUGUGAAAGUCUGAACAGACUUAUUUACUGCAUGACAUUGACACUCAAUAUUAGAAGGCACGGUCAACAGUUCCAUUUGUAUAGUGUGACAGUAUCGCUCACGGAAAAGACAAAAUAAAUUUUUGCAAACCUUU